AUGGAGUAAUUUGGAUCAACAGAUGUGGGCUUGACAAGAUAAAAGGCAUAUAGUAUCCAUAUAAUGUCGCAUUUUUUAUUAAGAGUGAAAACAUCAAGAUCUAUAGUUUUAAUUCUAAAAAAUUUUUUAACUAAGUAUCCUGAGAAUUCUUGGUCUUAGAAUUUCAAAGUCCUUUCUGAAAACAUAUACGCUGCUCUUGAUGAUCUUAGUGGGUUCUUGGCAUCAAAUAUGAAAUAAUUUAGAGUUUACUCUUAAGCCUUGGAUAUAUAAAGUAUUUUUCUAAAAUGA